AUGCGCCCGCGGCCAAGCCGCCAGAAGAAGCGGAAGAAUCAGCAGCAGGAACAGCAGGACGCUUCCUCCACCUCAGACACACUGCUAUUUCAGAGCAGUCCCCAAGAUCUUGAUCAGCAGCAGCAGCAUGAGGUCACUUUAAACCUUUACCAGCCGCUGACCCCUCGCAGCAACGGCCAGUAUUUUGAUGAGGAGCAGGAGGCCGCUUUCGAUUUUUACGAGCUGACCCCUCAGAGCAACGAUCAGUAUUUGCAUCAGCAACAGGAGGCCAUUUUCGAAUAUUGCGGGGUGAUCACAUUUCCCAACAGCGGAUAUCUCGACCCCGAAUUGGCCUUGUGCUGA